CCCCAAAUGGACACUGCCAUGGAAGCCAACCUGGACAACACUGGCCAUAGGCCCCGCACAGAACUCGAUGAUGAGGACUACUAUCCCCAGGGUGGCUGGGACACAGUCUUCCUGGUGGCACUGCUGCUCCUGGGGCUGCCAGCCAAUGGACUGAUGGCGUGGCUGGCUGGCUCACAGGCCCGACAUGGGGCAGGCACGAGGCUGGCCCUGCUUCUUCUCAGCCUGGCCCUCUCUGACUUUUUGUUCCUGGUGGCAGCAGCCUUCCAGAUCCUAGAGAUCCAGCACGGAGGGCACUGGCCACUGGGUACUGCCACCUGCCGCUUCUACUACUUCCUGUGGAGUGUGUCCUACUCCUCCGGCCUCUUCCUGCUGGCAGCCCUCAGCCUGGACCGCUGCCUGCUGGCACUGUGCCCACAAUGGUACCCUGGUCACCGCCCAGCCCGCCUGCCCCUGUGGGUCUGUGCUGGGGUCUGGGUGCUGGCCACACUCUUCAGCGUGCCCUGGCUGGUCUUCCCUGAGGCUGCCGUCUGGUGGUACGACUUGGUCAUCUGUCUGGACUUCUGGGACAAUGAGGAGCUGCCUCUGCGGAUGCUCGAGAUCCUGGGGGGCUUCCUGCCGUUCCUCCUGCUGCUCAUCUGCCAUGUGCUUACCCAGGCCGUUGCCUGCCGGACCUGCUGCCGCCACCAGCCCCAGCCCGUGGUCUGCCAUGGCUUUGCCCGUGUGGCCAAAACUAUUUUGUCAGCUUACGUGGUCCUGCGGCUGCCGUACCAGCUGGCACAGCUGCUCUACCUGGCCUUCCUCUGGGACAUCUACCCUGGCUACCUGCUCUGGGAGGCUCUGGUCUACUCCGACUACCUGAUCCUGUUCAACAGCUGCCUGAGUCCCUUCCUCUGCCUCAUGGCCAGUGCCGACCUCCGGGCACUGCUGCGGACAGUUCUUUCUUCCUUUGCGGCGGCUCUCUGUGAGGAGCGGCCAGGCAGCUUCGCGCCAGCCGAGCCACAGACUCAGGUGGACUCUGAGGGUCCAACUCUGCAGGGGCCAACUCUUGAGACCCAGCCACAGUCAGAUCCCAUGGCCCAGCCUCAGGUGAACCACCCUGCCCAGCCACAGUCAGAUCCCAUGGCCCAGCCUCAGGUGAAACCCCAGGUCCAGCCACAGUCAGAUCCUAUGGUGCAGCCGCAGUCAAGAGCUGAGUCCCAGACCCCUGCCUGUGCUGCUGGGUUGGCCCCCAGCCUCUGUGAGGAGGCCUCCCCUAGCCCAUUACCAGAUCCCUCCCCUGGAGCCCCUGAGAACCCAGUCACACCUGCUGCCCCGGAGGGAGAAAGUCCUGGCAGCGCCCCACCUGAGCAGGCCCCCAGUGCAGGCCCCACAUGA